AUGGAACCAGCAAAAAUUGAUUGGAAAAACGUAGAAUGGAAAUUUGUAGAGGAUAAAGCCUAUGAGCAAAUAAACGCACCCAAGUGGUUCGAUUUCUUGAACCCAGAUCAAAACUCUGUGGACGACCAGGCCUGGUUCUGCAGACCCGAAUGCAAGCAUCCAAAGACGGCUGAAGAUUUUCUCAAAUCAUCACCUCCCAAGAAGGUUUCAAGCUCAGCUGUUAUUUCUGAAGUUCCUCCACUUGGUGAUAAAAUCCAGAGAGAUGUGAAAUUGAAGAGAAGAGGGCUAACUCAGUCUUCAAUUUACCCGAUUAAUAAUUCAAGAGUCAAGGAAGACAGCGAAAAUCAGAACCCCAACCUAUCAACUCUUCCAAUUAACCAAGCAAAGGCCAUGAAGGCAACCAUCAAAUCAAGCGCAGAGAAGAAGCAGCCAAUUGAAAGCACACCGCAGAAUAGUGAGGUGCUUCCGAGGCUGAGAAGCACGCUGUCAGCGAGGAAUUUAUUUGCAGGGCGAGAUAUUCUGAAUCAGCUUACAGACUUCUGCAGCGAAUUGAAGAGAAUGGCAAUGAGAGCGAGGGAGAAAGAGGAUGUGGAGGGGUUGGAUGUAAGGAAAAGCCUAGGGGGUUUGAAGGAAGAAGAGGUGGUGAAGAAGGAGGAGUGUAAUGGUGAGGUUUUGGGUGAGUUGAAUGGGAGGCAAACUGAGAGGAUGCCAUUGCUUGAGGUGAGUAAAGGGAAAACCAGGAGGCAAACAGAGAGAAUGCCAUUCCUUGAGGUGGGUAAAGGGAAAACUCAGAGGCAAACAGAGAACAUGCCAUUGCUUGAGGUGAAAACUGAAGGAAUGGAGGGGAGCAUUAUCAAGGAGAAGCAGAGGAGGAACAAAAGAAUUGACGAGACAGAGAACAUCCCAAUCUCUCUGAAUUUAGAGAACGUAAAACGCAAAGGAGGGGAGAGCUUGUUGCAAAUCCGAACCAACCCUCCCUCUCCUCAAUGCUUUUCUGCCCCGAGGCCCCCAAGCAAACUGACACCUUCACAAGCUUCCAAGUCCAAGCUGAUGGAAAGGGGAAUCCUUGCAGACGCAGAGCAAAACAAUAAAGUGACCAAGGAGGAUUCCACAGAGAAAGGGAAAACUGCUUGCAUUGUUGAUGGAAGAGAAGCAAGAACCAUGGACGUUUUUUUGGUUUCUAAAACCUUGCACAACGCUAUCCAACUAAAAACGGACAACAUUGAGCAAGAAUUUGACGCUCAUUAUUCUUUAAUCUCUUUGCUUUGUUACGAUUCAUUGAUUCUUUUUCCAUUAUAG